AUGGAGAAGAAGCGCGUUGCCCUGGUUACUGGCGGAAACAAGGGCAUCGGCCUGUUUGUCGUGAAGAGGCUCUGCGAGCGUCUUCCGACAGACAAAUGGGUUGUGGUCUUGGGAACGCGCCAAGUCGCCAAUGGAGAGGAGGGCGUGGCGCAGCUGAAGCGCUACAGUUUGCCGCUGAGCCCUACAGUGCAGCAGCUGGACAUCACUGACAAAGCGAGCUGCGAGAAAAUGAAAACCUUUCUGCAAGAGAAGUUCGGCGGCCUCGACCUCCUCGUGAACAACGCGGGCUUUGCUUUUAAGCGAGACGCGACGGAGUCCAAGUACGAACAGGCGAAGAAGACGAUUGGCGUCAACUACUACGGCACGAAGCAGGUGACAGACAUUCUGCUUCCGCUGAUGCGCGACGGCGGGAGAAUCGUCUCAGUCGCUUCGAUGUGCGGCAAAUGGGGCCUGGACCGCAUGACUGAGCAGCACCGGCGGCAAGUUCUUUCUCCCGAGUUGACUUUCGAGAAACUCGACAGCAUGAUGGAGGCGUACAUCACCGCCGCGAAGACUGGCAGCCUCUCGAGUCAAGGCUGGCCAGAGAGCACUUACGAAAUGUCCAAGACUGCAGUGAUCGCUGCGACGCAUCUGUGGGCGCUAGCUGCAGACAAGAACGAGCUGGGACCGAACGGCGCCAAGGGCAUGUUCGUCGCCUGCUGCUGCCCUGGGUGGUGCAAAACCGAUAUGGCAGGCUGGGAGCAGCCGCCGCUGAGCGCGGACGACGGCGCUGAACGCGUGGCUGACCUCGCACUCAGAGGCGGGGCGAACGAGCAGGGGCAGUUUUUGAUGGAGAAGCGAGUCGUGCCUCUCGGCUUUUCGCAGCGAUUCACCAGCCAGCCCAUGCCCGUGCAAACCUGGCUCGCCGCGAGCGCCUAA